CCACUUCCUGUUUCCGCUCAUGUGACGCAAACGAGUCAAAAUGGCGUCGCGCUAUUACCAAACAAUGCAGGAGACGUUCAAAACGAACAACAAAAGUCGCGAAUUCCCGGCACAUUCGGCCAAAGUUCACUCGGUGGCGUGGAGCUGCGACGGCAGGAGACUGGCGUCGGGAUCCGUCGACAAAACCGCCAGCGUUUUUGUCCUGGAAAAAGACAGACUGGUGAAGGAAAACAACUACCGCGGCCACAGCGACAGCGUGGAUCAGCUGUGCUGGCACCCCAGCAACCCGGACCUCUUUGUCACAGCAUCGGGCGACAAGAGCGUCCGAAUCUGGGACGUGCGCACCACCAAGUGCACGGCCGUCGUCAACACCAAAGGCGAGAACAUCAACAUCUGCUGGAGUCCGGACGGUCAGACGGUUGCCGUGGGCAACAAGGAAGACGUGGUCACCUUCAUCGACGCCAAGACGCACAAGACCAAAGCCGAGGAGAAGUUCAAGUUCGAAGUCAACGAGAUCUCCUGGAACAACGACAACGACAUGUUCUUCCUCACCAACGGCAACGGCUGUAUCAAUAUCCUCAGUUACCCCGAGCUGAAGACCAUCCAGUCCAUCAACGCGCACCCAUCCAACUGCAUCUGCAUCAAGUUCGACCCGACGGGCAAAUACUUUGCCACGGGCAGCAACGACGCGCUGGUCAGCCUCUGGGAUUUGGACGAGCUGGUGUGCGUGCGCUGCUUCUCCAGGUUGGACUGGCCCGUGAGGACGCUGAGCUUCAGUCACGAUGGGAAGAUGUUGGCGUCGGCGUCCGAGGACCACUUCAUCGACAUCGCCGAGGUGGAAACAGGCGAGAAGCUGUGGGAGGUGCAGUGCUCCCCCACGUUCACGGUGGCUUGGCACCCCAAGCGUCACCUGCUGGCCUACUCCUGCGACGACAAGGACGACAAGUACGACAACAGUCGCGAGGCGGGAACCGUCAAACUCUUCGGCCUUCCCAAUGACUCCUGACGUGAACCCCGCCGUCCCUCAAGCUCACCACUGCUAGUGCCACUUAAGUCCUGCUCGUUUGACCUUAAGAUGUCAGAUGUGUAGCAGCACAGUAGUUUACUAGUAUGGUUAAGUUGCAUUUUAGCUGGACAAAAGUGGCAGUAGUUGUGGUAAAAAGGUUACCACUGAGACACGUGUUUGUUGUAAUGAAUGAUGCUGCCACUCGGUGGCGCUGUUGUAAAAUAUAAUGUACAAAAAAAAAAUCAACUUUUGAUAUUAAACUUGGUUUUGUUUUUAUA